AUGAUGGAUUUAGACAAAAUCAUAGCAUCAUUGAGAGAGGGAAAACAUAUCCCCGAAGAAACUGUUUUUAGACUAUGUUUGAAUUCCCAAGAGCUUUUAAUGAAUGAAGGAAACGUAGCGCAAGUCGAUACACCCGUUACAAUAUGCGGUGACAUACAUGGUCAAUUGCACGAUCUACUAACGCUUUUUGAGAAAAGCGGUGGCGUAGAGAAAACGAGGUAUAUAUUUCUCGGUGAUUUUGUAGAUAGGGGGUUUUAUUCAUUGGAGAGUUUUUUACUUUUAUUAUGUUACAAAUUACGAUAUCCUGACAGAGUCACUUUGAUCAGAGGGAACCACGAAACUCGUCAAAUAACGAAAGUUUACGGGUUCUAUGACGAAGUAGUAAGAAAAUAUGGUAACAGCAACGUCUGGAGAUACUGCUGUGAAGUGUUCGAUUACUUAUCAUUAGGGGCAAUAAUAAAUAAUAGCAUAUUUUGUGUGCAUGGUGGACUGUCACCAGACAUGACCACUGUGGAUGAAAUACGGACGAUCGACAGGAAACAAGAAGUCCCACACGAAGGUGCUAUGUGCGAUCUAUUAUGGAGUGACCCCGAAGAUGUUGAUACAUGGUCAUUAUCGCCAAGAGGUGCUGGAUUUCUUUUUGGUAAACGAGAAGUUGACCAGUUUUUAGAGAAAAACAAUGUAGAGUUGAUUGCCAGGGCACAUCAAUUAGUGAUGGAAGGUUACAAAGAAAUGUUCGACGGUGGAUUAGUAACGGUUUGGUCCGCACCGAACUACUGUUACCGUUGUGGUAACGUUGCAGCUGUUUUGAAAAUUGACGACGACCUAAAUCGUGAAUAUACAAUUUUCGAAGCUGUUCAAGCACAAAACGAAGUCGGUAAUGCUAUAAUACCUACAAAAAAAUCUCAAAUGGACUAUUUCUUAUGA